AAGUCAACAUAUAAUAGCAAACUUACAACAAUUAUUUAACAUUUUUAAAGCCAUGAAGAAGGGACAGAACACGGAGCGGCAGGGGAGAGCGGCGGAGCUGGAGGCAGAAGCACGGCCGGCUCCCCGGGAGGGCCCUCGCGGGGCAGGGCGCAGUCCCUGAGCCGCCCGGUCGCCUGCGUCGCGGGGAGCGCAGCGCCGGGCCGCUCGCCAUGAGCCACCUCUUCAGUCCCCGGCUGCCUGCCCUGGCCGCCUCGCCCAUGCUCUAUCUGUACGGCCCCGAGAGACCCGGGCUGCCUCUGGCCUUCACCCCCGCGGCCGCUCUGGCCGCCGCGGGCCGGGCCGAGCCCCCGCAGAAGCCGCCGUACAGCUACAUCGCGCUCAUAGCCAUGGCCAUCCAGGACGCGCCCGAGCAGCGGGUCACGCUCAACGGCAUCUACCAGUUCAUCAUGGACCGCUUCCCCUUCUACCACGACAACCGGCAGGGCUGGCAGAACAGCAUCCGCCACAACCUCUCGCUCAACGAGUGCUUCGUCAAGGUGCCCCGCGAGAAAGGGCGGCCCGGCAAGGGCAGCUACUGGACGCUGGACCCUCGCUGCCUGGACAUGUUUGAGAACGGCAACUACCGGCGCCGGAAGAGGAAGCCCAAGCCGGGCCCCGGGGCCCCGGAGGCCAAGCGGGCCCGCGCCGAGACGCACGACAGCGGCACAGACCCGCAGCCAGAGGCCGGGAGCGGGGCGGGGGGCUCGGGGCCCGCGAUGCCCCGCCACGAGGGAGCGCCGGCGCGUCCCUCGCCCCUCGCGGAGGGCCCCUCUCCGCCCGCGCCCCUCCCCUGGCCCGGGCCUGCGUCCCCAGAGGAGGACGCGGGCGACGCUGUCCAGGGCGCAGCGGCAGGGCCGGUCGGCCAGCCAGCGCGCACGGUGGAUGGCCCGGGGUCCCCUCCGCGCCCCGCCUCCCGCGGCUCCCCGAAGAGCUCUGACAAGUCCAAGAGCUUCAGCAUAGACAGCAUCCUGGCGGAGAGGCAAGGCCAGAGGCCGGCUGGAGGGGCUGGAGGGGACCAGCUCCCGGGGGGCGCCAAGCCGGGGCCAGGCAGCUGUCUGGGCGCCUCACUCCUGGCCGCCUCCUCCAGCCUCCGCCCGCCUUUCAACGCUUCCCUGAUGCUCGACCCGCAUGUCCAGGGCGGCUUUUACCAGCUCGGGAUCCCAUUCCUCUCCUAUUUCCCUCUGCAGCUCCCCGACACGGUGCUCCACUUCCAGUAAAGCCAACAGUGGCGCAGCAGUUCUCUUCCCCGCCCGGUCUGAGCCGCCUCUGAGCGACGGGCCACAGCUCCCACGGCGGGGGAGGCAGUCACGUUCUUUUAAAAUGAUCUUUACCUGGGUCGGUGUGUGGGUUCCGGGAAGUGCUACCAACCUCUGCGCGCAGGUGGGCUCGCUGGCCCGCCUCCUGGCAAGCGGACUUUCCCCAACAACCUGGAGCGGCUUCUGAGGUUUAAAAAACCCGGUCCGGAGGGGACUUGGGGAUCACAGACCCCCUACCGCUACCGCGGGAGCAACAGAAUUCCUUGACAUUAGGUCGGUCGAAUGGCGUGAUCCUCGCUGCCCUCCACAGGUGCUGUGCGUCCCGGUCCGCCGGCCCAGCAAACAAGCCACGCGCCCUCCACAGGUGCUGUGCGUCCGGGUCCGGGGCGCCCAGCAAACAACCCGAGCGGGACAUACAGACUCAAGUGUGGUCCUUUCAACCUGGGAGCCCCAGCCUGACUGUCCCAGCUCAGCUGUCGCUGUGUGGCCCAGGAUUUGGCUUUGAGCCCAGCUGGGUGGUGGGUGUUCACAGCUGGUUUGUGCCUGAAGCCCAGUUAUGGGGUGCCAGGGGUCACCUCUGUUUUUCAGGUUUUCCGGGCCUGGUAAGGAUUUACACCAAUGUUAAGGUGGAAGUUGAGAAACCACCAAGAGCAAUAACACUUGCUUUAAAUAGAGAGUUUUCCUCUUGAUUUCUCUCUAGACAGUAAAACGAACAUGCUUUAUUCUUUGUCUAAAUACUUGACUCUUUUUCACUAUAAACAUUGCCCUUUGCAAACGUCUGUAUUAACAACUUCUAUUAAGAAAGUGCACUCUACCGUAUAGCAUCGUGCUAGCUCAGUAGUCAACACACGCGCUCUGCAGCCCAUGUAACCAACAGUAGCUUUUGUUUUUAAGGGGUCUAAAGAUUUCAAGGGACAGGACAAGCGGGAAGGGUUCUAGGGGAACAGAAUAUGCCUCAGAUGCUGUCAGAGGUUUGACACUGUGGCUUUUCGAGAGUCAAGCUUGGUUUUGCUACAUUUUCCAGAGUCAGGUUGGGAAGGACUACAUUUAACCUCUACAAAGUUAGACGGGGCUUACGAACAGGAAGCAGCUGGAGAGGGAGAUGGGCACAUAGAGGGGAAGAAUGAGGGGAUCUGCUGGUGUCUGCUGGAGGGGGCUCCUCUGGACCCCAAAGGACGUGAGGCUCGAUGGUGGGGUCUCUCAGGCUCUCCCGGCCUCCAGAACCCGCGGCCUGAAGCCUGCCUUGCUCUCCCUGCCCCUUCCAGGCAGGCCUGGAGGCUGAGGUUAAAUAAACACCUUAACGAGGCAACUAGAAGUCUGCGGGAGGGUCUGCAGCAAAGACCCGGUUAAGAAAAUUGAGGCUUUCACAGAACUUAGGGGAAAUGCACCCAACCUCUCAGGGUAGCUGUGUUUGGGUUACCUUGAGGUCUCUGAAACUCAGUUUCCUGAACCUCCCAGUAAAUUUUAUUUUACCUGAUGUGAGCAAGGCACAAAACAUCAUGAAUUCUUGGAGAUAGGCUGGGAGGAGGGGUCUAUAAAAUAAUUUUAAAAAUAGUUUCCAGGACUUGUGUAAAAGCGAUCACAAAGGUUAUGCCGAGAGGGCCUGCUGGCCGGUGCGUGGGAAAGCACUUCCCAGGCAGGCGCAAGAACUCAGUCAUCGGGAGGCACGGGGCUGGCUUUCUGAAAAGGCAUUUGUCCGGCAGUGCCGUGCCGAGCCCUGGGCUGCUGAUGCACAGAUGUUUCCACGACGGGGUUCCACCCAGACCAGGAGCACGCCUUCGGUGAGCUGCAGAGAAUCCUUGGUUUGAAGGACUUUGGUGAGAGCCCACGUUGAGGGCCAGGCCCAGUGUGAUUAGCUGAAGAUGUGGAGGGGCUGUCACUGGAUAUUUUGUUAUCCCAGACUCUCAGCCUCUGCGAAUAAAGUUGUUUUUUCAUUAA